GUCGUAUUCUUCGCGUAAUGAGUGCAGGUGCUUUACCAAGUCGACACCAACCUGAGCCCCUCGUGUGCAGGGCAGAUUGAGAGGUAGGGCACAUGCAUGGCUCUAAAGUUGCGAUUCCCAGCGGAUGGCCGAGUUAGAAGACUUCCAGUCUCAGAGUUGAAUCGCGACAUAUGUUCGAUUGUGCCGUCGUCAACCGUGAUGCCCGGGAUUUCGCAAUCUGGGUUCGUCUGAGAACAUGGCCGACUCCAAUGGUCCUUGGUCCGCUGAGAGCGAGCCGCAGUUCUGGGAUGCCCUAAACGGGAUCUUGACUUCGGCCUGUGCAACACCAGAGCAGCUCGACGAGACGUUGCGCUCAUGGCUCGACCUAACUUCGGAAGCCCGGAACACAUAUCUCGACAGCGAAGACGAUGUCGCCCACUGUUCCCAGAUGCUCCUAGAGAGCCCGAUAUUCCGCAACUACGGCGACUACGUGCGGACACAGCUCAUCUACAGCCUCCUGCAGGAGGACGACUUCGCGAAGCUCCAUGUCUAUGCCAACUUCCUCCUUCUCGACGGCCGGACCGAAGAGGAUACGUUCCGGACCAUGAUCAACAAGGGCUGUUUUGUCCGGCUGCUCGAGCUCAUCAAGGGCUGCGGGGGCAAGGAUGCUCGCCUGCACCGGCUUCUGCUGCAGCUGAUGUAUGAGAUGUCGCGCAUCGAACACCUCCGCUCUGAGGACUUGCUGCAGGUCGAUGAUGGCUUCGUCAUGUACCUGUUCCAACUCAUCGAGGCACUGUCUGACGAUGCCAGUGACCCCUACCACUACCCGGUGAUACGAGUUUUGCUGGUCUUGAACGAACAGUACAUGGUUGCAUCUACUUCUGCAGCAGUGGAUCCCAACUCUCCCACGGUCCUCGUGACAAACCGGGUGGUGAAGAUUCUCAGUAUCCACGGCCCGUCAUUCCGGACCUUUGGCGAGAACAUCAUCCUGCUCCUCAACCGGGAAACGGAGACGUCACAGCAGCUCCUCAUCCUCAAACUCCUGUACCUUCUAUUCACCACCGCGGCGACUUACGAGUACUUUUACACCAACGAUCUCCGGGUCCUCCUGGACGUCAUCAUCCGGAAUCUGCUAGACCUUCCAGCCGAGGCCAACAUGUUGAGACAUACGUAUCUGAGGGUACUGGCGCCUCUGUUGGCGCACACCCAGCUCAGCCAGCCGCCUCAUUACAAGCGAGAUCAGAUUGUCAGCCUCCUCGAGAUAUUGCGCGGCAGUGGCGGCGCCCACUUCCUGCCCCCAGAGCCGACAACGCUGCGCCUAGUCGAGCGAGUCGCGAAGACGCCCUGGCUGGCCGCGGGCGAAGAAAAGGCCGAGUCUUCGCCAGACACGACAAGCCCUGUCGAGAGCUUGGUAUACUCACAGACGGGCAGCUCCGUGAGCGUCGUGGCCAACGUGUCGGAGAAACCAGGCGUCAAGACGCCGAGCCUGAAGUCCAACCGGGGGGGCCUACGGGCCUCGAUGACCAAAGACAGGGCGGCGGCUACCGCUACGGAUGGCGGGAGCCCGCCCAGGCCACCAAUAUCGAGGACUCUGAGACCGAAGAUGUCUCUGCCGGAAGUGCCCAAACACCGUCACGGGGUGCCUAUUGUUGGCCACCCGUCGGUCAACAUGACCAGUGGGGCCGCGCACGUUGAUGGGAACGUGGUUCCGAAGAAACCGCCGCCGCCAAAGAUUCCGCCACCGCGGAGGAAAGCUAGGCUGCUGGUUGCGACGGGUGGCAGUGAUGCUCGGACUACGGUCGAGACACUGCCGGCGACCGAACCGGCACCGCAUCUGGCUUGAACGGCCGCGAGUCAUUCUUAGUCGGAGCUGCAUCAGUUCUCUUUUCUUGUAUUUGAGUAUCUUGCGAUCCUGGGUUCUUAUAGGAACUCCGUGGGUGAUCCGCAAUGUCUACGGUUAUCAACAUAGUAUUGAUAGCGUCGGACAGCCUGGAACUACAGGCUGGGAGGGGUGGGGGCUUGGACUCAGAACCGGUGGCUCUAAAAGGGGCUUAUGAAUUCAGGCAUGGGGCAUGAAACGCACGGCAUACAAGGAGUAUGGCAGAACGGAGGCAAUCCAUAGCGUUUCAGUGUGGUUAGGUUAGGCCGGGGCCUCACUUACAGUAAUUAUUACUACGCAUAUACGAAAUACUACUCCCCUGUGG